CUUUUUCUGUACUCCAUCUUUCCUGUCUCUCCCUGUGGCAUGUACAGACCUCCUUCCAUUUUCUCCCCCCCCCUCCCAUCUCUCUCUGCAACACUUCCCCUUCCUUUUCCGUUUUGUCUUUUUCAUCAUCCUCCCUAGUUCCUCCCUCCCCUCUCUCACCAGACACCAGUCAGGCAGUCACCAUGCGGUACUUCCCUUUCUCCCCCCCCCCCCUCCUUUUUCCCUUUUCUUUCUUGUUAAUUCGAUGGUUUAUUCCUUUCCAUUCUUCUUCGUUGGAACCUGGAUUGCGGCCUUCGAAAUCGAAGAGAUCUUCCAUCUGCAAAAUCGAGUCUUAAUCGACGGCGGACGGCGGCAGCGCGUGAUAGGAAAGCAGGGGAAGAGAAAUAAUUCGGAAAAGAAAAGAAAACGAAAUGGAAAAGAAAGAAAGAAAGAAGGCAUUGCUAAGUCCAUGGAAGAGGGAAGAGAAAGAAUGUAAGAAACGGGAAGAGAAAAAAACGGGAAAAGAAAUGGAAAAGAAAGAAGAGAGAAGAAAGAAGCCAUUGUUAAGUGCAGGGAAGAGGGAAGAGAAAAAACGGGAAAAUAAAGAAAGUAAAAAGAAGAUAGAGAAAAGGCCACAUGUACCUCCACAUCAGCAACCACCGGUUCUUCUCAUCCACCACCGGCUAAAAAGCCUAAUUGACUAAAUUUUAAUAGUUAGUGAACUUAAUUGAUUCAUUUUAAUGUAUGUGGACUCAAUUGACUUUUUUUUUUCAAAUUCAUAAUUAUGUAGUACGGAGUAUUAAAAAAUACUAUAGAGCUCUUCUAAAACCAACUUUUAGCAUGACGGCGUGGAUAAUAAAUAGACAGGAAAUUGAACAUCAUGGAAGUAAAGUUUCCUUCAUAAAAUUGUUUUAAAGAUGACCUUUGAUGAAAAAGAUCUUGAAAACACAUGUGAUAGCUGAGAUCUCAUUAUUGUUUUAUGCGUGACAAUGAAACUCCUAGAUAUUGCCUUGAUAAGUAUUUCCAUGAAUUAUUUCACCCUGCCUAUUCAAAAUAAAGAAAUUUCGUAAAUAUAAUCUAAAAAUAAGUGAAGAAUCUGUGAAAUAAUGUUGUCUUUCUAGAAUUAAAAAAUUCAAUCGACCGAACAUAUGGUGCACGUUUACAGUAUAACCUCAAAAUCAUGAAAAAUCCAAUCCAAUGGAGUUUGUUGAGGACAUGGUUUGUUGCGCGGCAGAAAAAAUUCCGCAACAUCAUUAAGCUUUUCUUUCUUGCAGUAACUUCAUAAUUUUAACC